UUGUCCUUCAAGUUUGGCCUCUGGUUCUGAUAAAAUUGGAGAAGGAAAUUAGAUCAGAAGAUCUGGAUUUGGCUAGCAGGUCGCAGGGAAGGGAAGCGAGAGUACUGAGGAAUUUAGCCGUCGUCGCCUACGAUUGCACUCCGACGGUCUGGUCGUGCUGUCGACGAUCCUCGCCGCUAAAUCUAUCUCUGCCCGAUCGGGAGAGACGAGAAGAAAAAGCUGCAAGCGAAGUUCUGCCCCACCGCGAUCGCCUGGAUUUAUUUUUUUCCGGCUGUUUCUAGGUAUCUUCGACAUCAGGGUAGCAGAAAGGAAGCGAGAACAAGAUGAGGAUGAAUGGUAUUCAAAUGUGGCUUCAACUAUUGGUUGUUGCGGCUCUUAUUCAUUCACCAAUGGCUGUCCCAUCGCCAACUUCCCCUGCUCUUCUCUUUUCUCCUCACCUCCAUCAAGUUGUUAUAGGGUCUCAAAUGGUGAGAUGGAUGCCGCUGUUACCUACCAGACAAUUUCUUCACUAGAUCUUGCCAAGUCUGUUCUAUCUCAAGGCGGCUGGUCAAACUUAAUGUGCCCUGGGAAAAAGGUUCACCAGCCUGUGGACGUGGCACUUGUCUUCGUUGGUAGAGAGCUCCUGUCAUCUGACAUUUCUGCAAACACUGAUACAGACCCGGUCUUGUUGAACUUGCUCAAGGUCUCCUUUUCGAAGUCCAACCUUUCCAUGGGAUUUCCUUACGUUGCAGCAUCACCAAAGGAGUCGAUGGAGAAUUCUUUGUUGAUGGGUUUCCAAGAAGCUUGCGGAGAGGAGUUAGAAGCCAGCACUGUUGCUUUUUCUGAGUCAUGCUCCAUUGAUGAUCAAAAGUUCCAGAAGCUUGUUGAUGUGGAAGCAGUCCGAGAUCACCUCAGUUCAAGGGCUGAAAAGAGAGUGGAUGGCCGAACAGACCUUGUUGUUUUCUGCCAUGGAGGUUCUCAGUCCUCAAAAAUGGUCGGGAAGUCACAAAGUGAAGGUGAAGUUUUUUCUGAGCUUAUCAACUCUGUGGAAGCGUCAGGAGCAACGUACUCGGUCCUAUAUGUUUCAAAUCCCUUUCAAUCUAUCCUAUACCCUUCUCAGUCAAAUUCAGGAAGGUUUCUGGCCGAAGAUACUCAGCGAAACGAGUCACUUAAAUCUACGGGGUGUGAUGAAUUAUGCCAAAUCAAAUCAUCACUUCUGGAGGGAGUUUUAGUGGGGAUUGUUUUGCUUCUGAUUUUGAUAUCGGGACUUUGCUGUAUGAUGGGAAUUGAUACACCAACACGAUUCGAGGCACCUCAAGAGUCGUAAGAGGCUUACCUUCACAUGGCUGGGUGAAGGGUGGCAUCAAGAAGGCGUCUAUUGCAGGCGGUCUUGUAAAAGUAUUUGCUUUUAGUUAUUUUUGUUGGAGUGGGAUUUGAGAGGUUAAUGCAGGUCUGUAAUAUUUGUUUUUCACGUGGCUGUUUCCGACUGCUGGGAAUAAUAGGGAAUAUAACGUUAUGCUGUUCGUUAAGUUCGCCUACUUGAGAAGGCAAAAGCUUGAUCUGAAAUUCUGAAUGCUACUAUACUAUGGAUGUUUUUUUUACUCGUGGCUCGUCCCUUUGUUGAUUUUAGGCCGUUGAUUGAAGAUAGUCUUUAAUAGAGCUGUCAAACUAGAACCAGACUGUAGCAACCCGCCCAGCGCUAAAUUUGGUUCUAGCCAUUUAAUUUUUUGUCCGAAUCUAAUUUAUAGUGUAACUUUUCUAACCAA